CAAAAUCUUCCAUCUUGUCGCAACCACCAAAAUGGAUCUCGACACAGAUGAUGAUGUGCUCAGAGCACUUGCAGAUGGCAAGCCUAUGGACUAUGAACAAUGGCCAAGUCUGCUCACACGACUGAUACCCCGAUUGGAGAAGAUCGUACAAAAUGACUUCUCCUUCCCAAUACCACCAGUUCUCCCCUCACAACCCAUCUCCUCCUCACCACCAACGCAAGAAACGACCACCACUGCCUCAUCCCAAGAUUCAACCAACAAAGAGAACGCCGCCCCUCCCCUCCUCACCCGCUAUCCACCACAAAUCCAAACGCUCAUGACCUCAAUAACCUCAACCUUAAAUACUCUCUUCACCAAACACCCACCACACACAAUCCAGCGCCUCGCCGAGCUCGUCCUCACCCCAAAACAACACUACAAAACCUUGCCCUCCUACCUGCACGCCCUGGACCGCGUAGUCCACGUCACAUCAGGCGCACACACCUUCCCCCUUCCUCCCGCAAUACCAGAUCCCUCUUCUCUAACCAUCCUCUCAAACGGUACCUCGUUCACCGCAUCGGGAAAAGACCCCCUCUCCAUAUCAUGGGGAAAUCCGGCCUCCAACCCCUCUGCCCAAUCUUUGGGCUCAGAUGAGAGUCUAGGCGGCGCAUUACUAACACCAAUUACAUGGCUGCAAAAGAAGGGCGGGAGCGCAAGCCCGCUCGAAGGCGAAGUGCGCACCGAGUCUACGGAAACAAUAGACGGACCCAACGGGCCUGGCGGCGUGGAAACCGUGUCCGUCUCCGUGAAUGGAAUUUCGUCUACAACAUCACCUACGAAUACGAGCCCGACUUCGAGUUUGAAUGAGUCGGGAGACUUGGCGGCGGCGUUGAGAGCAGAAGGCGGCAUUACGCAGGGGGAGUUGCUGAGGCAGGAGCAGAAGGCAGGUGUGGUGCCCGCGGCACAGUUGGCUGGGAAGGGCGAUGAGAGCGGGAUGGGAGAGGAGGAUGAGGUGCCGCAUGCGAGGGGCCCGGAGGAGAUUGGUAUGGAGGAUGUGGGCAUGCAGGGGGCGAGUGGGAGUGAGAGGAUGAGUGGGGUGGGGGCCGGGAUGCAGGGGAUUGAUGUAGAGGCUGCUGUUGGACGACGAAUUGAACCCAAGCCAGACUCUUCUUCUGCUUCCUCUGAGCAGAAAGAAGAUGGUAAGGUUGAGGAGGAGGAGAAAACAGAGGCACCGACGACCCCGAAGAGGGAAGCUGAUGAAGAGCUAGUUAGUGAAGGGAAGAAAGCCAAAGUUGAUUCUACAACAGAGGUAGAAUCGGAACCUGCUGCGGAAAGCAUGGACGUCGAUGUCGUGGAUGCGGAUGGGAAGGCAGAGGAUGCAGCCAAGGUCGGGGAAGCAGGAGAGAACAAGGGCGGUGACGCCGUGGAUAUGAGCUCUGUAUGAUUCCAUAUUUGCUGCUACGAUAUUUGGAAGGAGUCUGGCGCAAGAAGAAUGGAGAACUUGAUCAUGACUACCUAGGGGGGCAAUUCAGAGAUGAAUACAUUGAAUGUGCAUGGCAAAUCUAGUCCCUCGUUGAUCUUGUGAGCGUCAUUGCUGCAAUCGCUCUGGUUACGGUGAAGGGAUUUGAAUACGUGCAGUUUCUCCUGGAUAUUCAUCAAUUGGUAGAACACGCUCCACCCCUC